AUGCCAGGGCUGAUUAACCAGACCACCCGCUCCCCGCUGCCCCUCUCUGCAUCAGAGGUGACAUCGUGUGUCAGCGGCUAUGCCUUUGGGAUGACAGCCUCGCUCACCUACCGCAACCCAGAAGCCCAGGCUUUUGAAGGUCUCUUUGUCUACCCCUUGGAUGAGUGCACCACCAUCGUGGGGUUUGAAGCAGCCGUGUCCCGACGUGCCGUGACGGUGCAGAUCAAAGACAAAGCCAAGAUAGAUGACACGUAUUUCAACGGCUGCAGGGUCCCUGAUGGAAGAGCUCCUGAUGGAAGUGGUGAGGGGCUCAGGGGUGUUUUAGUGAUCUGGUCAUCUCUCUGUGCAGGAAGGAUCAUGAUGGAUGAAGACUUGGAGAGGAUUGUUUUUGUGGCUAACCUGGGCAUGAUUCCUCCCCUGGAAAGUGUCUCCAUCUUCAUCAGCACCUCCUCUGAGCUGCAGACACUACCCAGUGGGGCUGUGAGGGUCCUUCUGCCAGCUGUGUGUGUCCCCAGGGUCCCCCAGCCCAGCCUAGAGAAUACCAGCAGCCUCUCCAGCCACCAGCUGCGAACAGACAAACACUACUGUGGAUCAGGGAGCCUGGAGCAAGGGAGCAGGUUCUGGCUGGCUCAGCUGCUGGAGAGCGAGGCCACCAACCCCGUCGAGUACGACUUCAGCUUCCAUCUGGAGAUCCGAGGGCCGUGCUUGCUGGCAGGUGUUGAGAGCCCUACACAUGAGAUCCGAGCAGACGCCGACCCCUCCGCUCGCUCCGCCAAGAGCAUCAUGAUCACACUGGCCAAUAAACACACCUUUGACAGACCCGUGGAGAUCCUGAUCCAUCCAAGUGAGCCCCACAUGCCUCACAUCUUAAUGGAAGAAGGUGAUAUGACGCCUGCAGAGUACGAACGACACCUGAAGGGGAAGAAUGAUUUCAUUAAAGGCACUAAGAAGGACCCCAGUGCUGAGAAAAAGACACAAAUCAUCAGGAAACGGCUGAACAAGGACAUCCCUCACCACCCUGUCAUCAUGCUUAACUUCUGCCCUGACUUGAGGACCAUCCAGCCAGACCUCCGGAAAGCCCAAGGAGAGUUUAUCUUCCUCGUAGACCGCAGCAGAAGCAUGAGCGGCGUGAACAUCAACCGUGUCAAGGACGCUCUGUUGGUCAUUCUUAAGAGCCUGAUGCCAGCAUGUCUCUUCAACGUCAUUGGGUUUGGAUCCACCUUCAAGACCCUCUUUCCUGCCAGUCAGAUUUACUGCGAGGAGAGCCUGGCCAUCGCUUGCGAGAGCAUCAAGAAAAUCCGAGCUGAUAUGGGUGGCACCAAUAUUUUAUCGCCUUUGAAGUGGGUCAUUCGUCAGCCCAUCCACAGGGGCCAUCCCCGACUGCUCUUUCUGCUGACGGAUGGGGCCAUCAGCAACACGGGGAAGGUCCUGGAGCUGCUGCGAAACCACUCCUGUUCCACCAGGUGCUACAGCUUCGGCAUCGGGCCAAACGCCUGCAGGAGGCUGGUUCGGGGGCUGGCUGCCGUGUCCAGGGGCAUCGCCGAGUUCGUGGCGGAGGGAGAGAGGCUGCAGCCCAAGAUGAUCAAGUCGCUGAAGAAGGCGAUGGCACCGGUCCUGAGUGAUGUGUCUGUGGAGUGGGUCUUUCCCGAGAGCACCGAGGUCUUGGUUUCCCCCGUCAGCACCAGUUGCCUCUUCCCUGGUGACCGUCUGGUUGGCUACAGCAUCGUCUGUGACACCUCCCUGUACAUCUCCAACCCCAGAUCUGACAAGAGGCGACGGUACAGCAUGAUGCGGUCCCAGGAGUCGGGCAGCUCUGUUUUCUUUCACUCCCAGGAGGAGGGAGCAAGCGGGGAGAGCUGGAACCACUCCAGAGACUCAGAGGGCUUCUGCCUCACCGAGCGUGCUCCCGAUCAGCUGGUGGUGGGCAGAGAUCCCAGGGGAGAGUCGGACACAGACACUGGCAUGGACCUGAAGGCUUCCUCCAGGAGACGGGCUUACAGCACCACCCAAAUCGCUGACCACGAACCUUGUAAGAAGGUGCCCACGGCCAGUGAUCCUGGCACAACCCUGGUGAAAAACCCCCUUCGGAAAACUCACCUGCAGGACCUGCAGCAGGUCAGCCCCGAGCCCUGGCAGGUGGAUUUCCAG